AUGAUGAUUGAUAUAAGUCCAUUGAAUGUACAAGCUGAGGAAUUACUUAUUUUGAAAUUAAUACAAUUUUAUCAACAUGCUUUUGAAGUUGAUAUUCCUAUUAAUCAGUGGAAUAAUUCGAAUGACAAUUGUUCAUUUAAUACUCAUCAUGUAACUUUCAAUGAUUUAUCUGAUACAAACAAAAGAAAAUCACGUAACAACACUCUAACCGAGAAUAAACUCUUCUGGUUUGAUCAAUUCAUUAUUAGUCCUAUUCAAAUGAAAUUAAGUGUACAAACAGCGAAAACUUCAUUGACUGAAUCACAUUUAUCUGGUGCUAAACGUUUAUUACCAUCAUUAAUGAGUUUUACAGGUGCAGAAAUACAAUUAGAUUCAGUAGAAAAAUUUUACAUGUUAGAAACUAUUCCACAAUUAUUAAACUAUCUAAAUACUUAUUAUCGACUACAAUUUCGUGCACAUGCUUUGCAUAUAUUUGGAUCAGUGGAUUUUCUUGGCAAUCCAAUUGGUUUGAUCAAUGAUUUAAGUUCUGGUAUAUCAGGAUUAGUUGAGCUGGAUGUUGGCGGUUUAAUUCGACAUGUUGCACAUGGUGAAGGAGAUAGUGCGGCCAAAGUUGCUGGAAGUGUUUCCCAAUUAUUAAAUGUUAUGUCAUUAGAUGAUAAACAUCAACAAGAACGUGCUGUUAUCUUAGGCAGUCAUAUUGACACUUCGCCAUCAUCACCGUCAUCAGCGUCACCGACAUUGCCAUCUUCAUCAUCAUCAUCGUCAUCCUUAUUAUUACAAACAACACAGCCAACUUAUUACAAUGAAAAUGAUUUAAAUUCCAACGAGUUGAAUGAAUCAUUAAAUGAUUUUGAAUUAACAUGUCAUAAUAAAUAUAUCAAUGUUAAAACACCUGCAGCAUCAGCGGCCACAACAUCCUCCACAUCAACUACAACAUCAUUAUUGCCGCCUCCACAGCCGCCACCGCCGCCAUCAAUUCAUCAUUCAUUUGAUACGGAUCGAUCGAUUACAGCACCAUUGAGUGCUGGUGUACGUGGUCUUAUGCAUGGUAUUGUCGGUGGAAUGACAUCGAUUGUGACACAACCUUAUCGUGGUGCAAAAGAAGAUCAAUUUAGAGUAAGUUUCUUCUUUGUUCAUGAUAAAUUCUAA